AUGGCUGUUAAUAAUGAAAAUCCAAUUGUUCAGCACGUUUUGGCUAACAAUUCGACAUCAACAUUAUCAAUAUCAUCAUCAUCACAUUACCCAUUUCCCCUAUCAGGAAGUGGACCUACACGAGAUCCUGGACUAGUUGCCUGCGCAACUGUGUGUGGCCUCUUUGUGAUUUCAUUAAGUCUAUGUAUCCCAAUAGCAGAACUUGUGAUCGGUAUAAAAUAUCAACAUCAGUGUCCUAUUCAACCUAAAAUUCCAAUUUAUCUGAUUGUUGCUGGAAGUCUCACUAUUUUCAUGCUCGUUGUUUUCCAUGCUUCCAGUCUUGUUUCAAAGUGUGUCUGCGUAUUUUCACCUAAACGGCAUGGUGAAAACGUGGAUUAA